GCCAGAUUCGCAAAACUAGAGCAGAGCGAUAAAGAAAAAACUGAUCUUAUUGCUAAACUGGAAUGGGAUGUUUCACAAAUUAAACAGGCUUCAGUAACUUCACAAUCACUUAUUUCACCGUCAAUUAAAAAUCACUCUGGUGAAGAUGAUAGCACUGACUCUGUAAAUCUAGAGCAGACACAAAGUGCUAUUUCUCCCGAAGUUAAUUCUAAUAAUAUUUCUGAACAGACAGAUGAUACAUCUGAAAAUGCACCAAAUUCUGAUAAGAAGCAUAGCCUCGAGUCAAAAACUCAUCAAAAUCCAGACUUAUCUUUAGAUAAUCAAAAUGCUUCCUCGACAGAAUUAGAAAAGCCGAUGCCACUUCCAUUACUAUGUAAUGCAAAUACUGUGACCAAUGGUCACGAUCGAGAAGAGAUUAUACCAUCACCAUUACCAUCUGAUGCAAAAACCGUGACUAAUGGUCACGAUCAAAAUAAUGUUUAUGUAAACUCUGUUAAUAUCUCUGAAGUAUUCGAAUCAGAUGAUCAAAUAGUAGAAAAUUUAAUACAAGAGAUGUCCCAUGAUCAUACACAGAGUGUCAUUUCUUCCAAAAAUGAUUCCACAUCUUUAGAUAUCAGUGGACCUGGUGAAAUUAGCAAGUCUUGUAUACAAAAUAUAAUUCCAGGUUCUGCGCAAAGUCUCUCAUAUUUGUUUGAUAAAGCAGUUAAAAAAGGUCAAAAAGAGAUUCUAUGCUGGUAUUACUAUUCACUUGAAUUCGAAAAUAAG